AUCCGUGAAACUGGGAUGGUUCCAAAGCACCUGAGGGAUGGUGGGAAGAGAAACGAGCACGAAGGGCUGGGAAAGAACUCGGCAAUUCCGCAGAUCCAGAACAAGGACGGUGGUGAACGGGAGAACAAAAUUCCCAGGCAGGAGGAGGACGAGGAGCCCGUCAAGCACAAGGAGAUCAAACUGCGGAAUUACGAGCCCGAGGAUGAGGAGCUGAAGAAGAGGAAGCUGCCCCCGGGAAAACCGGCCUCAGUGGAGGACACGGUGAAGGAGCAGCUGGAAGCUGCCAAGCCCGAGCCCAUCAUCGAUGAGGUGGAUCUGGCAAACCUGGCUCCCAGGAAACCGGACUGGGAUUUGAAGCGGGAUGUGUCCAAGAAGCUGGAGAAGCUGGAGAAGAGGACCCAGAGAGCCAUCGCGGAGCUGAUCCGAGAGAGGCUGAAGGGGCAGGAGGAGGAGUUGGCAUCUGCCGUGGGAUCAGCGAAGCAGGAGGGAUCCGACUCCGACUGAGGGAUCCGUCGGCAGCCUCGGCCCCGGCUCCAGCUCCCGCCCCGUUCCCUCGGGGUGACCCCCGGGACACACUCGGCCCUUUCCCAGGAGUUCCCAAAUCCUGCCGUGCCUG